AUGCCCAAGCUACAAUCGGCUGAACCAUCCGUUAUUCAGCGUUGUUUAACAUCUGAUGACGUGGGAACAUAUGUAAUACGACAAUCAUGUGAAAAUGAUGAAUUAGUAUCGUCUAUUGAACCGUCACGUAAUUCAAUAUCCGGCAUGAACAAUUAUAUCAUACUAUCUGUCAGAUGCGAAGAAUCAAAUCAUAAGUGUCUUGUUACUCACUAUCGUAUACCAGUUAGUGGUACAAAUAUAACAUCAGAAUAUUUGAAUAAACUCAUCGAAUAUUAUCAGAAAAAUCCUGCACAAACGAAAGGCAUACAUUGGCCGCAUUUAAAGAAAGAAUUACCAAUCUCGACAUCAUUCGUAAAUGUCGACGGUUGGCGUAUUAAUAUAGCAAAUUUUAAAUUGGAUAAUUGGAUAAAAGGAGGUAAUCACAAUUCAUAUAUUCAAAAAGGAAUAUGGGAUAAACAGCAGCUUCCUGUAUUCAUUAAACGUUAUCAAAGAGAGAGGAAAGAUUUAACCCAUUAUUUUAACAACGAAUUUAGAAGGCUAAGAGAAUUAUGUUAUUUUCCAAUUGUACAGUUAUACGGUUAUUGGUCAGAUGAUGAAUAUCUUUAUCUAAUUCUAGCUGAUGGGGGACGAGAUCUUUUCUCUUAUUGUCCAUUAAAAAAUAAAACUGAAAAAUCAGUGAUGAGACGUGUAGCCAAUGUUGGAUUUCAAAUAGCGAGUGGUAUGAUGUAUUUAGAAAAAUGUCAUAUUGUUCAUCGAGAUUUGACAGCUGGAAAUGUAUUAGUCGAUAAAUAUGGAUUCAUAAGAAUAGCAGAUUUCGGUCACUCUAUGAAAUUAGAAGAAGGAAGAAAUAAUUUAAGGAAAGAUACUGAAAAUUUUCAGUUUCGAUGGUUGGCACCUGAAUGUUUACCAUUUACAAAUACUACACAAAUUACUACUCCACGUCAUGAUAAGGAUCCAAUAUUUACUUCGAAAUCAGACGUCUGGUCUCUGGGAAUUACACUCAUACAACUGAUGAUUGACAACCCAAAAAAACCCUAUCCCGCUCUUAAGGAAGAUUCAGAAAUAGUUCAUCAUGUUAAAUUAGAUAAAGAGAUUCAUCCAAAACCAAUUAAUUGUUCUGUUGACAUGUAUUUAUUAUUACAACGAUGUUGGGCAUACGAAACAAAAGAUAGAAUAACAUUUCAAUCUUUACGGGAGAGAAUGUUUCAAUUAGAGAGGAUUAAUACAUAA